AUGAGCGUUGUUGGUGUUGAUUUUGGUACGCUCAAUACGGUCAUCGCCGUUGCUAGAAAUCGGGGUGUCGAUGUGAUAACUAAUGAGGUCUCCAAUCGAGCCACACCUACUCUUGUCGGCUUCGGCCCCAAGUCCCGCUAUCUAGGCGAGGCUGCCAAAACGCAAGAAAUCUCAAAUCUCAAGAACACUGUCUCCUCUCUCAAACGGCUCGCUGGCCGGUCCAUUAAUGACCCAGAUGUACAGAUUGAGCGCGAGUUUGUCUCUGCCCCACUGGUCGAUCUCAAAGGCCAAGUUGGGGCGGAAGUCAUGUACAUGGGUGAAAAGCAGCAAUUCACAGCCACACAGCUGUGUUCGAUGUUCCUCAGCAAAGUCAAGGCUACAGCGUCCGCCGAGCUAAAAUUACCCGUCAGCGAUAUCGUCAUAAGUGUACCACCUUGGUUUACGGAUGUGCAGCGAAGAAGUAUAAUGGAUGCGGCAGAGAUCUCUGGAUUAAAACUUUUACGCUUGAUCAAUGAUACUACCGCCACUGCGUUGGGUUACGGAAUUCCAAAACUUGACCUGCCAACAGGUGAAGAAAAGCCGAAGCGAGUCGCCUUCGUCGACAUUGGUCACAGCACUUAUUCCUGCUCAAUAGUUGAGUUCAAGAAGGGAGAGUUAGCUGUCAAGAGUACUGCGUUCGACAGGCAUUUUGGCGGUAGAGAUUUUGAUAAGGCUCUCGUCCGACACUUUGCCAAAGAGUGGAAGGAGAAGUACAAGAUUGACGUCUUAUCAAACCCUAAAGCAGUCGUGCGCGUCACAACGGCUGCGGAAAAGCUCAAGAAGAUUUUGUCCGCCAAUGCGCAAGCUCCUAUGAACAUUGAAUCGCUAAUGAAUGACGUCGAUGUCUCUGGUAUACUGAAGCGGUCAGAGCUAGAAGAGCUUGUCAAACCUUUGCUUGACCGUGCUACUGGCCCCCUGGAACAAGCAUUAGCAGACGCAAAGUUGAAAGUCGACGAUAUUGAUUCAAUCGAGAUCGUCGGAGGAUGUACUCGAGUACCUGCCCUAAAGGAGCGCAUCAGCAAGUUUUUUGGCAAGCCUCUUUCUGCAACCUUGAACCAAGACGAAGCUGUAGCGCGUGGAUGUGCCUUCAGCUGUGCUAUCCUCUCCCCUGUCUUCCGCGUUCGCGAUUUUUCUGUCCAUGACAUCGUCAACUAUCCUAUCGAAUUUCAAUGGGAACAGUCACCAGAUAUACCCGAUGAAGAUACGAGCCUUACCGUUUUCAACAAAGGCAAUGUCAUGCCAUCAACGAAGAUCCUUACAUUCUAUCGGAAACAACCCUUCAACCUCGAGGCAAGAUAUGCCAAACCUGAGCAGCUCCCCGGCAAAACAAAUCCCUGGAUAGGGCGCUUCUCUGUCAAAAACGUUAAGGCUAAUGGUGAUGAUGAUUUCAUGAUUUGCAAGCUAAAAGCGCGGCUGAACCUCCACGGAGUGCUGAAUGUCGAGCAAGGCUAUUGGGUUGAGGAUGUUGAGAUAGAAGAACCUUUACCAGAAGAGAAAGAUGCCAAGAAAGAGGAAGCCGAUAAAAAGGAAGAAAAGAAAGACGGCGAUGUAAGUAACCCCGGCGAAUCUUAUAAUUCGAGAGACCAAUUUGUUCCCAAGACGACCUCCAAGGUCAAAAAUUUCGCCAAAAACAUAUUCGGCCACAAAUCGAAAGAGAGUUCACCGCUAACGGAUUCUCAGGCCAUGGAUACCUCUACAGAGGCCAACGGCAGUGCCGAACCCCCUAAGCCCAAAACCCGCAAGAUUAAGAAGCAACAGAAGAAAGGGGAACUGCCUGUAUCUGCUGGAACGUCCUCCCUGGACCAACAGACCAAAGACGCAGCCGCCGAGAAAGAAGGAGCCAUGUUUAUGGAAGAUAAACUUGUCGCUGACACAGAAGAUAAGAAAAACGAGCUAGAGUCAUUCAUCUAUGAGAUGCGUGGUAAGAUUGACGAUGUGUACUCCGAGUUCGCUUCCGAAGACGAAAAGACAAAACUCAAGGAAAAGCUCGAGGCGUCUGAAGACUGGCUCUAUGACGAAGGCGACGAUGCAAGCAAGAACGUCUACCAGGCAAAGAUCGACGAGAUCAAAUUCAUCGCGGGUCCGAUCGUAGGCAGGUAUCAAGAUAAGGUCGAGGAGGAACGGCAAGCUGUGCAGAAAGCGGAAGAGGAGAAAGCGGCCAAAAAGCGAGCGGAGCUGGAGGCAAGGAAGAAAGCCGAGGAAGAAGCAGCGGCCAAGAAGAAGAAAGAAGAAGCUGCUGUUAAAGGAGAGGAUGUCAAGGAUGAAGAGAUGAAGGAGGCCCCCGCCGAUGCUGGCGAGGGGGUGAAGGCUGACGGGGUAGAGGAGCCGGGGGACCAGGAGAUGAAGGGUUGA